AUGCCAAGAGUGAAGUCGGUUGAGCGGCGGCGGGCCAACCACGCCAAGUCGCGUAAAGGCUGUCUAACAUGCAAGGGUAAGGAACCCGAAGAUCAGACCAUGCAAUUCCAUCUCGAGUACUUGACUCAUUUCCCUGUCACGCCUCACAGCUCGCCACAUCAACUACCGAGUCAUCCUGACGACACCCAAACGAGUCGCCGCGCUUUUGAAUUCUUCUGCACUGUAACUUGCGGGCAGCUCUCAACAAGGCUGGAAGGCGAGUUUUGGAGUCGCUUCGUUGUUCCGCUUGCGUCUCAGGAUAGCACUGUUCGAUCCGCAGUCAGCGCAUUUGCGGCAUUCCACGAGGAUUUCAUGCGUGGUAUUAACCUAACCAAGGAAGUCAACUACGAUGCUCUCCAGAUGUAUAACUCAGCCAUCAUAGAACAUGUGAGGAACUCUGACCCAAGUGUACAUCUUGAACCAGCCGUAGCAUUUGUGCCUUGCUUGAUAUUCGCAAUCAUUGAGAUGCUAAGAGGCAAUCUUGUCGCCUUUACACAACUGAUUUCCAAAUCCUUUCCGUUGAUACUUGCGAUGAACCGCGAGCGGGGCGAAAACGAAGAUCGCAUGUCACAAUCUCCCCUCUACGUUAUCAUCAUCAUGUUCCGCAACUUUGUGAUGGAUGCUUGUGGGGCAAGUAGAAUGCUGGGCUCCGAAGCUUGGCUAUCACUCGAUGUUCCGAACCUUGACCAAACUCGGAGGAGUAUGCCCUGCGUAUUUUCAUCUGUCUUGGAAGCUCGCCGUUUUCUUGACGCCCUAGCCCAAGCAUUUGUCAGCGAGGGCUGCCACGAUGAGAUACCGCUCUCAAGUGAUACUGAUAUAAGGAUUGGCUGCGAUGAACAUUGGAAAGAGACCCUUGCGAGCUGGACGGCAGCUUUCGAAGGGUUCCUCGCAACUGAUGAGACUUUGUCGAAAGCAGACCUCCAGGAGGCUCGAAUACUACAGAUUCGCUCUUUACAUUAUCAGAUUUCACUAGACGUCAGUCUGAGAGAGGGAGCAUAUAAUCAGAUGGUCUGGGAUCAGUACCUUCCACAGUAUGAGGUCAUUGUGAACCUUUCUGAAGCUCUAUGCGAAGAGUCCAACAACAAAGAUGCCAAGCCUUUUCUAUCGCUAGGGCGUUGGCUCGUGGGACCCCUCUCGGAUAUUGCGGUGAGGUGCCGCGAUCCUGGGUUUCGAAGAAGGGCCGUUGCAACACUCGAGAGAUUUCCCCAGAGGGAUGGUUUCAUGGAUGGCCGUCUCGCUAUUGAGGCUGCAAAGCGCUGUAUCGAGAUAGAAGAGGGGGGAUCAGAAGUUCUUUGUGCUGACAACGUCCCUGAGUCGAGACGCAUAUCUAGGGUGAGGGCUAUUCCGGAUUCAGUCAGACAAAAGGUAUCCCUGAGGUACUUCCGAUAUACAGACGGCAAUGAUCCGUCCGGUCUAGAGGUUGAGGAGCCGCUUGGUUAG